AUGAUAAAACUAAAACAGGGCUAUUUAGGUAAAAUGAAAGGAUCUCCCUUAUCUCACUUCUUUUUCUGAUCCUCGCCUUUGCACCCAUUCAUAAAAAAGAAGAAGAAGAAGAAGAAGAAGAAGAAGAGGAAGACGCAAUCUUUUUUGUUCUUUUAAAGGCUUUUAAUUCCUUCAAAAAUCGAUCUGUAAUCUCUCAUACUCUCUAUUACUGACUUUGAUCCAAUCUCUUCUUAUCAAACCCGACCCGGAAAAGCCAUGAGAGUCCAUCCAAUUCUCAACAACAACACAUUGAUCCACCACCACCACCGCAACCCGACCCGAGAACCCGGAAAGAAUCUCCGUCGUUUACCGCACAUCUUCAACCGCGUCCUCGAGCUUCCGCUGCGGUCCGAAGCAGACGUCUCCGUGGAAGAGAAACCCGACUGCUUCAGAUUCGUGGCGGAGACGGACGGCGGCGGAGGCGGAGGAGGGGAGAUGACGGCGUAUAUGGUGGAGAUCCAUCCGGGUAUCACAAAGAUCGUGGUGAGGACAAAUGGGUUGUCUUUGGGUUUGUCGUUGGAUGAGUUGGAGCUUGAUGUCUGGCGUUUUAGGCUUCCGGAGACGACGAGGCCUGAGCUUGUUACCGUGUCUUGUGUUGAUGGGGCUUUGGUUGUUACGGUUCCUAAGAUGGUUUCAGAGGGAGAUGAUGGUUUUGGACAAGGUGUGGGAAGUGGGAGGCUAGUUCUUGUUCUGUAAAAUCGAGUAAUGUCUGCUUUGGGUUAAGACAGCUUUUGUGUAACGAUGGAAUUCUAAAUAUGAACGGUUUUCAUUUGAAUCUUUGUAAGACGUGUGAGAGGAGAGGAAAUCUCAAAUCUUCCUAGUUUCGUUUCAUAUGUAACCUUUCAUACAGGUUCAGGGCAGUAGCUCAGAUCAACCUUGUCUUUCUUUCA